AAGAAAUACGACUGAACUAAAAGUGAGGUUAUGGUUUAUGAAAAGUAGUGAAUUUUAAAAACAAUUUCAAAAAUGAUUCGUAAAUCUACUAUAAAUAUUGUGAAACAUUUUGAAGUUGAAAGGACAUUUAUCAAAAAACUUUUUACCAGUAGUUCAGUGUGGGAAUCAAAAAAAGAAAACGAUUCUCCGUUAAAGAAAUUACUAAACGAUUCGUCAACAUUUCAGGAUGUAUCUACAGAAAAUGUACAACGAUGGGCCACUUUACCCUACCCUCAAGGUACAAAAAUUAGGAAACAAGGUGACUACUUUAGAAAAGAAAAACAAGAUCCAAGAGAUGCUGCAAUCAUACUUUUUCCAGGUCAGGGAAGUCAAUACGUCGGCAUGGCAAAGGAUUUAUUAAAAUUCCCAAUGGCUAAAGAUUUAUUCGAACUAGCCAAUUAUAUAAUUGGUUACGAUUUGUUGAAAUUGUGUCUGGAAGGUCCAAAAAAUAAAUUAGAUCAAACGAAAUAUGCUCAACCUGCUAUUAUGGUUUGUUCUUUAGCUGCUAUCGAAAAACUUAAAGAAGAACGACCUAAUGCAAUAGCAAACUGUGUUGCUACUGCAGGGUUUAGUUUAGGAGAAAUUACUGCUUUGGUGUUUGCUGGAGCAAUUAAUUUCGAACGAGGUCUACAAUUAGUUCAAAUCAGAGGUGAGGCUAUGCAAUUAGCUAGUGAGGCAUAUAAAGGAGGCAUGGUCACUGUUAUGUAUGGACCAGAUAGUAAAUUAAAUAUUGCAUGUGUAAAAGCCAAAGAAUGGGCUGUGGAUAAAGGAGAUCCACUUCCAGAAUGCAAAAUUGCCAACUAUUUGUUCCCUCAUUGCAAGGUAGUUGCUGGUAGUGAAUCGGCUUUAGAUUUUCUGGAGAAGAAUUAUAAAGAAUUUAGAUUACGUAAAGUCAAAAGACUUCCAGUCAGUGGAGCAUUUCACACAGAUUUAAUGGCACCUGCUAUGGAAACGUUUAAAAAAGCUUUAAAUAAAACCGAAAUCAAUGAUCCCAUUAUAAGUGUUUACUCAAACUUAGAUGGAAAAAUUUAUAAAAAUGCUGAACAUAUUAGAAAACAGCUUCCAAAACAGAUGAUCAAACCAGUUAAAUGGGAACAGUUACUACAUGUGGUGUACGAAAGGGAACCUGGUACUUACUUUCCUAAAACUUUCGAAGUAGGGCCUGGAACAUCUCUUCGAACAAUUCUCAAACAAGUAAAUUCGAAAGCUCAUGAAGAGAGUUAUAGUAUAGAAUGCUGACAUUAAUUCUAAAUGUGGGCUUGAUAUACCAACGGAGUAAAGUUCCAGUCAAGAGUUAAAGUUGACAGCUUCUAAAUUGAAUUGGUGCUGUUGUGAUUUUUUUACAGUAGAAGGCUGAUUUGAAAUAUAAGUAUAAAAAUUUGGUUAAAGAUCUCCCAUCGAUAAAAAUCAAAAUGAAUAAUUAAAUGUGAAAAUAUAUUUUUUUUACACCCACAUGUAUAUUUUUUUACCCAAAGUAUAGAUCAGGUAAAAUAACAAUUAUAAACGUUAAGAAGAAUUAGUGUGUUAUAGUACAGUGGUUUUAGUUCAAACAAACUGUUAUUUAUUUAAUUACUGGUAUUCAAAAAUAUACGGUUGCUGUUUUUUACAUCUUUUAUUGCUUUCAUAAAAAUGUUAAUGAUUUAAAGAAAUAUGCCCGUUUAUUUGAAUUUACUAAUCACGAUAACAACUCAUGGUGUGAUUGAAAAAUUUUCUGAAGCAUU